AUGCAAGGCAUAUUGACGGUGUCUCAGCGCCCCGAUGGACAGCCUAUCGUACCCUCGCCUUCAUUAUCAUCACCACAAGAGACGCUACCAGUAUCGCAGCGACCGGACGGACAGCCUUUUGACAUCCCUUCGCCCUCACCGUCACCUCCACAAGACCCAUUACCAGUAUCACAGCGUCCAGAUGGACAACCUUUCGACAUCCCUUCGCCCUCGCCAUCGCCCAUUUCGAAGAGGCAGGGUUCAGAUUGGAAGCGGAUAGCAUACUACACGUCUACAUCACCGGCUCAAGCCACCGGGCUCAGCUUUAUGGCUAACCUGGGUGAUCCCCAAAAGUCUGGUACUUUUGACUAUGCAUUUGGGAACUCGCUCAGCUACGUCACUCCACGGGGUGACAAAGUAGCGGCUGAGAGUCAACCGUUCGAAGGCACGCUAAAGACGUCUGAAAACGAGAUCGUGGUUCUGUCCGAUAAAGAGUGUGACGCAGACUGUCCGUACUGGAGACCAGACGCGACAUCUCACUACGGCUGGUCAGGCUCCUCGAAAGCCUUCUUCAUCGAAUUCCAAAUGGAUCACUACGACAAUGUAGGCACGGACCAAGGCCUCCUCUCUGACGCCCCGGCCUACUGGUUCCUCAAUGCAGCCAUACCUCGCAUCCUCCAGUACGGCAACGACCGCAACAACAUUCCCUGCUCAUGCUGGUCAACAGGCUGUGGCGAGUUCGACGCAUUCGAGCUUCUCAGCAAAGGGGCCGAACGCGCAAAGUCGACUAUACAUCGGCAGGGCAAUCUGGAGGGUGGUGACUCCAACUACUUCAGCAGACCGGUAGGGAAGAAGAUGAAGUUUGCGGUUGUUUGGCACUAUCCGCACAUUACGGCAUUGGUGUUGGACGACGACUUUGAUUUUUCAGAGAGCAUGUCAAAUGAUGCGAUUCAGAAGUUGGUGGCAUACGAUCCGGAUAGCUGGGUGCAUUCUCUGUAUGCUAUUGGGGACUGA